AUUAAUUUUAAAUAAAAUAAAAAUUAUUAAAAAGAUGUCUUUAAAAAUUCUUGGGCCGUAAAUAAAAUUUAGCCUGAAAAAGUUGGCUCGAUUCAAAAUUUUGAAAUCCAGUCCCCAACGGUCUACUACUACUUUUAUUUUAACCUCAAUCACAUCUCGACCGUCCAUUUGAACACUUUGGAUCUCAGUCCUCAGAUCAGCAUCAUCAUCUUCAUCAUCAUCACCACCAUCUUUCAUCUUUCUUUCCCAAAAUUCAAAUUCUUUUCUUUCUUUCCCCCCAAACCAGUCACAGAGAAAAACUCUCUUUCUUAGCCCUAAUUUCACUCGAUCCGACCUCCAUUUCUCAACUCAAACCUUUCUUCUCACAUAAACGAUGCCCUUCAUAUCAGACGCUGCGAGUGCCAUCAAGAGCCGGUUCGGAUUCCAUGACCACGCGCCGGAGACACUUCCUUCGGUCCGGAGCACUCCUGAUAUCUUCAAAUCUGCAUCCAAAGAAAAUUUCUCUCAAACUUCGGCCGUACGGAGCAUACGUGACUGGGAUGACGAUGACACUUGUAGUGUCGGUGGUGGCGCUAUGCCGGCGUCUUCAUCGACCCAGUACUUCGAGAUUUCCGAGGAUCCAUCGUUCUGGAAGGAUCACAAUGUGCAGGUUAUAAUUAGGAUUCGGCCUCUUAGUAGUGCUGAAUUAUCAUUGCAAGGUUAUGGAAAGUGUGUUCGUCAAGAGAGCGCUCAGACUAUUACUUGGACAGGGCAUCCUGAGUCGCGUUUUACCUUUGAUGUUGUUGCAGAUGAGAGUGUUACCCAGGAAAAACUAUUUAAAGUAGCUGGGUUGCCCAUGGUUGAAAAUUGCAUGGGAGGCUACAACAGCUGUAUGUUUGCUUAUGGCCAAACUGGAAGUGGAAAGACUCACACAAUGCUUGGAGACAUUGAGGGAGGCACUCGAAGACACAGUGUUAACUGUGGGAUGACACCUAGAGUCUUUGAAUAUUUGUUUUCAAGAAUUCAAAAGGAAAAAGAAGCCCGCAGAGAUGAAAAAAUAAAGUUCAAUUGUAAAUGCUCAUUUCUGGAGAUAUACAAUGAACAAAUUCUUGAUCUUUUGGACCCAUCAUCUAGCAAUUUGCAGAUACGAGAGGACGUGAAGAAAGGGAUUCAUGUUGAAAAUCUCAAGGAGAUAGAAGUUACAAGUGCUCGAGAUGUUAUCCAACAGCUUAUUCAAGGUGCAGCAAAUAGAAAGGUAGCGGCCACUAAUAUGAAUCGUGCCAGUAGUCGUUCACAUAGUGUGUUUACGUGCAUAAUUGAAAGUAAGUGGGAGUCUCAAGGUGUAACUCAUCAUCGAUUUGCCCGCCUUAAUCUUGUCGAUUUAGCAGGAUCUGAAAGACAGAAGAGUUCUGGUGCUGAAGGUGAACGUCUUAGGGAAGCUACUAAUAUCAACAAAUCCCUGUCAACAUUGGGACUUGUUAUUAUGAACUUGGUAAACAUGUCACAUGGGAAAUCACUCCAUGUUCCGUAUCGGGACUCAAAGCUUACAUUUCUGCUUCAGGAUUCACUGGGGGGGAAUGCAAAAACUACUAUAAUUGCAAAUAUUAGUCCAUCUAGUUGCUGCUCACUGGAGACUCUAAGCACUUUGAAGUUUGCUCAGCGUGCAAAAUUUAUAAAAAACAAUGCAAUUAUAAAUGAAGAUGCUUCUGGGGAUGUGAUUGCCAUGAGGAUACAAAUUCAACAACUGAAGAAAGAAGUAUCCCGGCUACAAGGAUUAGCUUGUGGAGGCAUUGAAGGUCAAGAUAAUAAUACAUUGGCAGUGAGUUUUCCAGGGUCCCCUGGAUGUUUUAAGUGGGAAGGACUCAAUGGGUCAUUUAGUCCACUUAAUUCUGGCAGAAGGAUGUCUCAGAAAAAAGACUAUGAUGUUGCCCUUGUUGGGGCUUUCAGGAGGGAAAAAGAUAAAGACAUUGCAUUGCAGGCAUUAACUGCUGAAAAUCAGGCAGUUAUGCAACUGGCAAAGCAAAGGGAGGAUGAGAUACAAGGCCUGAAAAUGAGGUUACGGUUUCGUGAAGCUGGAAUAAAAAGGCUGGAGGCUGUUGCCUCUGGAAAGAUUUCAGCUGAGACACAUUUGCUGAAAGAAAAGGAGGAAUGUUUAAAAGAAAUUGAGGUCCUUCGGACACAGGUUAACCGUAAUCAAGAAGUGACAAGAUUUGCAAUGGAAAAUCUGAGACUAAAAGAAGAAAUUAGAAGAUUAAAGUCAUUCUAUGAGGAAGGCGAACGGGAAAUGAUGAAUGAACAAAUCAUGGCAUUACAAAACAAGUUGCUAGAAGCUCUAGACUGGAAGCUGAUGAAUGAAUCAGAAUCCUCAAUGAAAACAAAUUCAAAUGUGAUGAUAGAAGAACUUCAUGGGGAUGAUAAUCUGGUUUCCAAUAAGGAACCAGGAUUGCCUUGGCAAUCCUCAAUUAGCGAGGAGAAUGAAUUUCUUCGAAUGCAGGCCAUUCAAAACCAAGCUGAAAUGGACUCACUUACAAAGAAGAUGCAACUCUUCCUUGAAGAGAAAGAAGAGUUGGAAAAGAUUGUUAAAGAUCUGGCGACAAAACUUGAAGAGGAAAGAUCUGCAAAAGCUUUUAAAGAAGAAAUGCCGCAACUUGAGCUUAACCCUUUGUCAAGUGAUAUGCCUCUUAUUAAUUUCAGUGAUCAAAUGGAGCUGAAAACAAUGGUUGAUGCUAUUGCUGCGGCUAGUCAAAAAGAAGCAGAAGCACAUGAGACAGCAAUUGUUAUGUCGAAAGAGAAUGAGGAGCUACGGAUGAAGCUCAAGGUUUUGCUUGAAGAUAAUAACAAACUUAUUGAACUCUACGAAAAGGCUGCAGCAGAAAGCAAUAACAAAAUUACUGCUGAUCCUCAGAGUGCUCAAGAGGGUAUUGAAAUGCACAACAAUGAUGGUAUUGAACUCAGCAAAGAGAGGGAGGUUGAGAUGAACAAAGUAGUUGAGAACUUAGAACAUCAGCUUAUGGAAAUGCAUGAAGAAAAUGAUAAACUUUUGGGUCUGUACGAGAGAGCCAUGCAGGAGAGGGAUGAGCUCAAAAGAAAGCUUUCUUCUUGUGGAGAGCAGAGUGUCAACACCAAGAGAGAAUUUGAUUGUGCAGAGAAGGUUGUUGAAGUUGAUGGAGAAGGAAUUAACCAAAUUCAACAUCUUAAACUGAACACACAUGAUGCCAUUGUGGAUGAUGUGGUUAUGUGCUCCAAAGAGACUGAUGACUUAUUAAAUGUACAUGAUAUUGCUGGUUCAGCUGGUCCACAAGAUUCAGGAAAUGGCCUCGAUAUGGAAAUACCUUCCACUUCUGAAAUGGAAUUGUGUAGUACCAAAGAGGCUGGUACUCAACAAGAUUCAGGAAAUAGCAUUGAUAUGGAAUUAUCCUCCACCUCUGAAACAGAGUUGUUAGAUUGCAAUACAGCUAAGGUUUUAGAAGAUCAGAGAUUGGUUAGAAUGAAGCUGGAAAGUGCUGACAAGCAACUUUUAGAUUCCACCCAAUCUAUGUCUCUUUUUAAUUCACUUGAGAAAUUAGUCAUUGAAGUAGGCAAACUCUCAAUGGAAAUUGAAGUCAUGGAAGAUGCCAUUCAGGCCAAGCGAAAAACCUCUGACACCCUCAAAGAUGACUCCGUCGAAAUGCAAGAAGGAAAGACUCUAAUUCAGAAAAAGUUAACAGCUCUCAAGUACUCUUUGUCAAACUUUUCUUCAUCAGUGGCUUACUUUGAGCAGCGAGAAGCUCGGGCGACAUUAAGGGUAAAAGCUUCAACAGUUUAUCUAGACCAAAAGAAAAAGGAGUUAGCCCGUCUAAGUGCAAAGAAAGACGAAAUUCAAGCUUCUUUGAGUAGGACUAAACAAUCUGAAGUUGAAUUGAGUAACAAACAUGCAUGUUUGAAAUCGAAACUGGAGGAAGAAAAUCGGAAACAUGAGAAUGAAAAGGUCCUUUUUGCUAUAGAUAACAUUGAGAAAGUAGACCCCUCACAGAAAAGCUGGUUGGGAGGCAAAGCAACUGAGUUACUGAAGACAGAAGAAGAAAAAACCAAGCUACAAACCGAGGUGAAGCUUUCUCGAGAUAGACUUGGUGUCAUAAGAAAGGAACUUGAGGAUUUGAACAUUAAGUCUGUGAAAGUGAAUGAGGCAAUGCAUACUGUUGAAUUGGAGUUUGAGAAAGCUUCUAGGUCCGCUGAAGACAUGGAGAUUGCCCUUCAAGGUAUAAUGCAGGAGAAGAAGACGCUGUUGGAAAUGAGAGAGAAUGGAAAGGCAGAAAUCGAAAGUAUGAUUCUCGAUUACCAGCAGCAUCUUUUUAUAGCAGAUUUGAAGGAAGCAGAGAUGAAAAUCUUGGAGGAAGAAUUGUUGGUAGAGUCUAAAAGAGUACAAGAGUUACAAAAAGCAAGGGCUAUGGCUACCGAAAAGAUAUCUCAGUUACUGGACACAGGUUCUCAUUCAGGUUUCAUAUCUGAAAAGAUGGAAGAAGAGCUACAAAGUGUUAGAAAAUCUAUUGUGGAAGCCAAGCUAUUGCUUGGAGUUGAAGAAAGCAGCAGUUAGUUCCUUGGUAUAUUGUGAUUCAUUCCACUAACUGUAUUUCCACAGUUUAGCAUUCUUUCACUUGUAAUUAACAAUCGGUUGCUCCUUUUUAUUUUGGAUGAGCCAACAAUGCUAGUUGUGCUCAUAACUGUACUAAUUUUUAAUUCUGUUGUUAACUGAUUGAAUGGCUUGUAUCAUUGUAGAUUAUGAUCUGUUCAAAGUAUCAGCACUUGGUGGAAA